AUGGAAGGCGAAACUUUGGAUAAUGCGGUGGACCCCGACGUGACCUCCCAUGCGGUCGAUUUCACCUGGAGGUUUUUCUGCUUGGUGCUGGUGCUCCUCCUGCAGGGAGGCUUUGCGUCCUACGAGGUUGGUGCCAUAAGGGAAACGUCCACCCAGCACAUCUUGCUGAAGAACAUCGGUGAUGCUACGGUCAGCUUGGUGGCAUGGUAUUUAUUGGGGUACGGAUUCGCGUUCGGGGAGGAUGCAGGGCAUAUCAUUGGGACAAGCUUCUUCGUUUUCACAGAGAGCCCCUUCGCGGCAACCUCGGGGAACAGCACCGCCGUCUCAUUCCUUGAUUGCCUGUUCCAGUGGUCGUUCGCCGCGACGUGUACGACGGUCGUUUCAGGUGCUGUCGCAGACCGCAUUCCUGUCAAGGCCUACCUCGUGUACGCCUUCUUGACUUCAGCGCUGUUCUACCCUCUCCUCGCCCACGCGGUGUGGACGGACGACGGAUGGGCCUCACCCGCUAGGGAAUAUCCUUUGUUUGGAUGCGGUGUGAUAGAUUUUGCCGGGUCAGGCAUCGUGCACAUGUUUGGUGGUGCCAUCGGUCUUUUCGUCUCGAGAAAGGUGAGGAGCCGUGGCGGUCGAUUCUUUCCGGCGAAGCAUUGGGACGGCGGGGCAAACGGGAGCAAGCUCAAGAACCACACGGAUCAGCCCCAGCUCAACGAAGCGGGUUUCCGCUCGAAUGAUCCUGCGUGGAUGACGUUGGGGACCUUCCUUCUUUGGCUCGGCUGGUAUGGCUUCAACUGCGGGUCCGUCAGCGAGAUUUCAACCACCGGGUCUCAGAAUGCCGCCGGACGUGCUGCCUUGAACACGUCGAUCGGAGCAGCUUGGGGGUGUGCGUUUUCGAUGCUCUUCGAGCUUGGCUAUCACAGGUGGACACCGAAGUAUCGUAGAGGUGACGAUAUCGAAGAUCCGCUCCACCUAGCCCCGUUCGACGUCGACGGGGGUGAGGAAGCCGACCGCGCCGAGCGAGUGCGUGUCGCAGAGACUCACCUCAGCAAGAAGACUCUCGCAAAAAUUGCCAAGCACAACGCCGAGCACGAAAAAGAAGUCUUUACGUGGCCCUGGAGCACCCACAUCAACCUGCACGGGGCCGCCUGCAACGGAAUUCUCGCGGGACUUGUCGGCAUCACAGCCGGGUGCGCCACGAUGAGCCCCCAUGCGGCGAUAGGUGUAUCAUUCGUGUCGGCGUUGCUCUACCACGUGUCGUACCGCGGGUUCAUCUGCUUGAUGAUAGACGACGCUGUGUCGGCUGGAGCGGUGCACCUUGUUUGCGGUGCUUGGGGCGUCAUCGCAGCCGGGUUCACCGGCAUGGAAGGCCCCCGCCUUGAUGCAGGAUACCCACCACAGGCUUUGUGCAGCAGGGGGGCGCAGGUCGGGACGAACUUCGUCAUGGUGGCCAUCAUUACUGCAUAUGCCUACCUUUGCACAUUUAUCCUUUGGGCGAUCCUCCGAGGUUGUCGCCUGGUGGACCAGGCCGAGGAGGGCGUCGUGCUCGCCAAGGGAGAAGACGGCAAGUUCACCGAGUUCAAGAACAGGGUUGCCGAUCAGUUCACACAGGAAAACCGAAGGUUUAAGAAGGUCGAAGAACAACUGAUGAACCAGAACGAGCUUGGGAUCAAUUCCAGGGCCACUCUCGACGCGAGGUUUGAGCAGCUAGCGAACCGCAUGGCCGAGCUUGAACGCACGCGCGGGACAACUGGAACCCCCACUCUUGGAGCACCGACCUCCACAACACAGAGCCCGAUCCGACCAGCCGUGUUCAUCGACAGUCAGGAAAGCACUGAGACGCUCAGGCCUCAUCAUCAGCAGCAAAGCGUGGCGGCCUCCCAACCGACGGCGACUGCGCAGCGUGGAGGCAUGUUCGAGCAGGUCAAGAGAUUUUUCGGCAGCACCGCUUGAGCUGGGACCGCAGCGUUCGAACCAACGCGCCGUCGACUGAAACAGCUCCGUCAGCUGGUUGCAGCCUUUCUACCCUGUUUCGGGAGACAGACGUAUCCAAGCGAUAACGUGGUGUUUCAAUGUCGUCCUGGAACGAGAUUGGGGGCUCAAACUGCCUCUCUGCGGAGAACCGCUCAGCGGUGUACACGCGAUGGUCUCAUGGCGUCCAUGUCUUUGUUGUGAAAAACAUUUUGAAUUGGGGAGGUUCCUCGUGCGUCGAUUGUAGGCAUGCACGGAUGCCUCUUUGGUGUCCCUCGAGGGGUGGUUGAAGGAGCUGAAAAUGACAUGUCGGCAGUGCUAUGACUCACAGACGUAUGGUGCCCGCGGCAGGGGGUCUGGAAGGGGUUGACAACACAUGUUUCGGCGCACAGCAUGGGGCGGCAUGGUUUGAACGUUUCGCGUGUUUGACAAAUCAAGGAAGUUUCGUUCUUCGUGAAUCCUAGAAAGUUGUAUGAUAAUAUUGGCAGGCUUCCGUUGAACGUCGUUGUAGACUAGGGUCGGAGUCCGAAACUAUGCAUCGCUGAAGUAUAGCCGGUUGUGGAGGUAAUGAAACUUCACCAUCCCGUACGCACGGUUUACUAAUGUUUUGGCUCGAGCGAUUGACUUGAGACACUUGAUAUUUCCUUUUAGUCUUGGGAACAAUGUUAUAGUGUGGCUUCGUCCAAUUUUCAUAGGAUUGGGAGAAAACUACGGUAGCCUCUGCAAUCUGUUCAUGUUUUGUGUUUUUUUCGCUAGGUCGCCGUGUGUCGCAAAUUAUUUUGGGUUCGGAAUCCGACCACGUAGUUUGCGUGCAUUUUUCGAGGCAUCCUGUUCGACGUCGCGAGGUCUGCUAUCCGGCACUAACCGAAACAACGCAACUGCUUGAAAUGCAAUGGGUUCCUAUAUAUUGCGUCCCCAGACCUGAAAAAUAACAGUGACC